GCCUCCUGUAGCUGACAUUGUGACAUUGUUAUGACAUUCGGUGUCUUUUUAUAGGCUCUCCCGGCUCUAGUUCUAAGUUCAAUUAGAACCGUACUAGUAUUGUGUGGGAGUCACGGAUUUGGAUAUGUCGGGACAUGUGGGGUCUGAACGAUCUGAACGUUGAACGCGCUUCAGAGCCACCUUAGCUGCCUUCUCGCGCUGCUCCCUCUCAACUCCCCCCGCGAUGGACUUUGCACGUCCCUCAUCUUCUAACAGCUCAUGGAAGAGUCUAUGCAAUGUCGUUGAAUAUAGCGGCAUUUUCGAUUCUGAAUAUCGCCAACCCCACUCACGGUGCAUGGAAAACACACGCGUUGUCCUCCAGAAUAGGAUAACUCAAGUCCUUGACCAACGUGAUCGGACAAACAUCUGGCUCAACGGUCUUGCCGGUGUUGGAAAGACAUCCAUCGCGUUCACCAUAGCCGAGAAGAUGAAAGCAGCGGAGAGGCUUGCUGGUACUUUCUUCUUCUCGCACAAACAUGCACAAAAAACUGCCGCUAUUAUUCCUACCAUCGCAUACCAGCUGGCACUGGCUUUUCCGCGCGUUCAAGAGGAUAUCGUGAAAGCGAUCGAGCGAGACGAUAUGCUCUUAUCACCUGGAAAAUCUCACGCAGAUCAGCUGCGGGAACUCGUCAUCAAGCCACUGCAGAUAUUGCGAUUCCGCGAACAUCCCUAUACUAUUAUCAUCGAUGCUCUUGACGAGUGUCUUUCCUCUGAAGAGGCAGCCAGGCUGGUUACGCUAUUGACAGAGGCCCUCGCGGGCCCAGCCUUGCCAUUCGUCCACAUAAUAUUCACAAGCCGCCCUGAGGCGCAUAUCCUUGCAGCCAGGCCCUCCGGCGUCCACGAAAUUAUCCUUACCACUCGUGAUAAAGACACCAUACGAGAUGUCCGUCUCUUUCUGCGAGCAUCACUGGAAAAAACACGAACGAUACGUCCUACUGUUUUUGGUCAGCCACCCAUACCCUGGCCAUCAAAGGACGAAUUUGAGACAUUGGCCUUUAAGGCGGGCGGUCUGUUUAUUUACGCUGCCAUGGCCGUGAACUUUAUAUCUGCCCCUGGUCAUCAUCCACAGAAGAGGCUAGAUCUCUUGCUAUGCGAGAAGUCGGCCGUGGUUGCUGACAUUGAUCAGCUUUAUCGGCAGAUAAUCGGGACUUCAGAGGAUUCACUUGUGCAGUGCCAGUUGUUAGCGUCCAUCAUCCAUCUAGCCAGACCGUUGCCACUUGCGGAACUCCAAGAAAUCUUCCACAGGAAUAAAAAAAGCUUCGCUGUGAUGCUUGAAGCAUUUUCGCCUGUCAUCUUGAAUGAUGGGGUCGGACACGUUGAAAUCUAUCACGCUUCGCUCCGCGACUUCAUGAGCGACCCUCAACGGUCAAAGGAAUAUCACAUAAAUGAUGCACAGGCUCACGAACACCUUGCAUGUUGUUGCCUCCAUUUAUUCUUGCGACAGUCCCCCCCAUCAACGUCAUAUCCAUUCUGGGCGUGGAAUAAGCAUCUUUCUAUGGCUUAUCCUAGCCCAAGACUUCGAAAGCUGCUGGAUCAGUUUACAGGCAAAACACUGCCACGUUGGGUGCAGGCCCCAGGAGACAGUCACAUCCAUUACACGUAUUCAACUCUCCGACAAGCAAGAAGGACUUGUUUAUCUUUGAAAUGGAUCAAGGGCCCGUCGGACAUCGUGGUUGCAUGGCGUAUUCAUAAAGCUUUUAAAGAGAUCGCAAAGUCUCAUGAUAAAUGUUCACGAAACUGGGCAAAUUCCCAAAUUCGAAGCCGGUCUAGAAAUAUAGCCGUUUAGAUCAAUGUUACAAAUCAUUGAUGUAGUGAUUCCUCUUUGUAUGCGCUGUGCAUGCAAGUAUCGUCAAAGAAUUUGAAUUUCGCUGUUCG